AUGAAGUUCUUCGCCGUUGCCUUCAUCUCGCUCAUUUCCGUGGCCUCAGCUGCCCCCACUCCUGUUGUUCGCGGCCCAGGAGGACGUCUUGUGCAACCAGGUGCAACAUGCAGUGAUGUGCAGGGUGUUAGCAUUUGCCAAGAUGGGUUCGGAAACACAUUCUAA